GCAGCGGGUGGAGAUGGAGACGAUUCGCUAUACCCGAUCGCUGUUUUAAUUGACGAGCUCCGCAAUGAAGACGUGCAGCUCCGUCUCAACAGUAUUAAGAAAUUAUCAACAAUUGCUCUUGCACUUGGAGUAGAAAGGACGAGAACUGAACUGCUGCCAUUCCUUACAGAUACAAUUUAUGAUGAAGAUGAGGUACUGUUAGCUCUUGCUGAGCAGCUGGGAAAUUUCACUGGCCUGGUGGGAGGUCCUGACUUUGCCCACUGUUUGCUGCCUCCUUUGGAAAGUCUGGCGACUGUGGAAGAGACAGUGGUUCGAGACAAGGCUGUGGAAUCCCUGAGGCAGAUCUCCCAGGAGCAUACUCCUAUUGCUCUGGAAGCUCAUUUUGUACCUCUGGUGAAACGCUUAGCGAGUGGGGAUUGGUUUACUUCUCGUACAUCUGCAUGUGGUUUGUUCAGCGUUUGCUAUCCCAGGGCUUCAAAUGCUAUCAAAGCAGAAAUUAGACAGCACUUCCGUUCCUUGUGUUCAGAUGACACACCAAUGGUACGUCGUGCUGCUGCUUCCAAAUUGGGCGAAUUUGCAAAAGUUUUAGAAUUAGACAGUGUGAAAAGCGAAAUUGUUCCAUUGUUCACUAAUCUAGCUUCAGAUGAACAGGAUUCAGUGCGCCUCUUAGCUGUAGAAGCUUGUGUCAGUAUUGCUCAGCUACUGUCUCAGGAUGACCUUGAGGUUCUGGUGAUGCCUACACUUCGACAAGCAGCGGAAGAUAAAUCUUGGCGAGUUCGCUAUAUGGUAGCUGACAAAUUUUCAGAGCUUCAGAAAGCUGUGGGUCCUAAAAUCACCCUAAACGACCUCAUCCCCGCCUUUCAGAACCUACUUAAAGACUGUGAAGCUGAAGUCCGAGCAGCUGCUGCCCACAAAGUAAAAGAACUUUGUGAGAACUUGCCCAUUGAAGGUAGAGAGACCAUAAUUAUGAAUCAAAUUCUGCCCUAUAUUAAGGAAUUAGUAUCUGAUACAAAUCAACAUGUCAAAUCAGCUCUAGCUUCCGUAAUUAUGGGAUUGUCUACCAUUUUGGGCAAAGAGAAUACCAUUGAAUAUCUUCUACCUCUUUUUUUAGCUCAGUUAAAGGAUGAGUGUCCUGAAGUUCGUCUGAAUAUCAUCUCCAAUUUGGAUUGUGUAAAUGAAGUAAUUGGAAUCCGUCAGCUCUCUCAAUCUCUUCUUCCUGCCAUAGUGGAGCUGGCUGAAGAUGCCAAGUGGAGGGUCCGGCUGGCCAUCAUUGAGUAUAUGCCACUGCUGGCAGGUCAGCUGGGUGUGGAAUUCUUUGAUGAAAAGCUGAAUUCUUUAUGUAUGGCCUGGCUCGUGGACCAUGUGUAUGCCAUUCGUGAAGCUGCCACCAACAACCUCAUGAAACUAGUUCAGAAGUUUGGUAUAGAGUGGGCCCAAAAUGCCAUUGUUCCCAAAGUGUUAGUAAUGGCAAAUGAUCCUAAUUAUUUGCAUAGAAUGACCACUUUAUUCUGCAUUAAUGCACUGUCUGAAGCCUGUGGUCAGGAAAUAACCACUAAGCAGAUGCUGCCCAUCGUAUUGAAAAUGGCAGGGGACCAAGUAGCGAAUGUCCGUUUCAACGUGGCCAAAUCUCUACAGAAAAUUGGACCAAUUCUAGAUAUUGAUGCUUUGCAGGAGGAAGUUAAGCCAGUACUACAGAAGUUAGGCCAAGAUGAAGACAUGGAUGUCAAAUACUUCGCACAGGAAGCUAUAAGUGUGCUUGCGUUGGCAUGAUGAGGAGCAGGAGGGAAAAGACUUUACUAACUUCUUAUCACAGAUUUCUAGUCAAUGUGUUCUUAAACUGGGUGGAGAAAAUGGAAAAUCUUCAAGACCUCAUCCAAGCAAAUGGCAACGACUUGCAACAAAGCAGAUUUCAGUGACUUGAUUCUUUCUAAAGAUGAAAUGGGAUUGUUUUUACUCGUCUUCCUUGUCGAGAUAAUUAUAUUCAAACCAUUCUUAUUGUUUGCGACCCAUCCCUGACACUCGGUGCAGUCAUUUCUUGAUUGUCUCCUAAUCAUUUCUCUGGCACCAUCUGGGCUCCUGCAUCCUCGCUGCUUCAUCAGGCCCUGGCCGCUUAAUACUCCUAAUGACGCCUGGGCGGGUUGGGACCCAGACAUGGAGUGGAGUGAUUCUCUUGAUGUUUACGUAUAUCUGUGUGUCUCUCCAUCAUUCCAAAGUUUAAUGUACAUGGUUUAGAAUAACUUAUUUUAUAAACACUCUAUUUGGGAGACACAUUGAGAUUUAACUGUAGCGAAAGCCACUUUUUCCUGGAUAAUGAUGGUCUGCAUCAGUGUCUUACAUGAAAGGGGAAUGUGGAAGCUUGGAGUUCAUGUGCUGGUUGUUUUGGUUUUUAUUUGCUUGAUUUUGACUGUAAUCAUGUCAUUCAGAAACCUGAAGUGCAGAUGUAUCUUGCUGCUAGUGUGUGAUGUUGAAACCUAACUGGAUUUCCACUGCUUACCACUGUGACUGCUUUCAGAACUCUCUCUCUUUUUCUCUCUCUCUUCCCUGAGAAACUUAAAAUUUAGUGCCUCCUAAUAAGCAGUAGUUCCACUAUGUCACUGUAAGAUUGCAGUUUGGUAUUUCAAAUGAGUAAAGGAACCACUGGUGUAAUACUGUGAGGAUUUGCUGCUGUUCUUAAACCUCAUUCUGCUUCCGGCUAUGUGUUAACAUCCAGUCCUUGCUACAUGGCACAGUAGUAGCUUUCCAAACUGAAGCUUCAUUACUAAUUUCUUGGUAUGGGUGAUGCUGGAAUCUUAUCAUUUGAAAUCUUUGUUUUUCUGCUUUUACUGUAAAACCUCAUUAAUCCCUCCUGGAACUCAAGGUAACAAGUAAAACUGAAGGAAGGGUCUGCUGAAGCAAAUUAAUAGUAUGUAAGGAAGCCUGUUGGGUCUGAACCACUUAAACAAUUUUAAAGCUCUCUUCAGAAAGCACCCGUUUACCACCAGUUGAUAUGCCAAUUACUAAUCACUCUUUUUAAUUAUAUUGAAAAACUUUCAUGAGGAUCUUUAUAAAGCCACACCUUUUUUGUAGGUGCAUUCGAUAUAUUCUUUAUCCAUGAAAUAUAUACAUCUGUAUUUCAUGGAGAAUUUAAAUAUUUUUUCAUUUAAAUCUAUUAGCGUUUUCCUAUUCAAAUGUGCCGUGUCCCUAAUGAAUUUUAACUAAUGAGGUUUUGUUAGAGCUUAUUUUUCUCUCAGUACAUCCUGGUAUGUAGUUGGCUCAUUUCCAUUUCAGUUUUAGAAUUGUUUCUUUCAUUCACAACCUUUUAAACCCAGGGAGCCCUGUUCUGUUUUGUGAAGUCGCAAAGACACCUAUAAAACUUUGUACAUUAAACCAUUAUGUAAAGCCAAGUUUGAGCAAAUUACUUUCAAGCUUGUCUUACCUUAGAAAAACAGAACAUUUUAAAUCAGAAAUUACCUGCCUGAUUUUAAAACUCAAAUUGUAGUGAGUUCCUAUUUUAUUACUUUUUGGGCUAAGGAUUACAUAUUUUCCUAAGCAAAAAUCUUUUCUACAUUCUCAAACUAUUAUGCUGUAAAUGUUUUAAUUUUAAUUUCUUGGUUCUUUUUAUUUUUUAUUACCUGUAGGUUAUGUUCCUCUUCAUUGAAUUACAUAUUUGAAAGACUAUUGUCUUGAUUCUUGAAACAAAUUCGCACAACCGUUGCUUUACUCUUUGGUUGUAAAUGCCCUUGGUUUUGGGAUAUGCCCUGGUGUGACACCCCCCCUCCCCCACCUGGAGCCCUGUGCAUUGAUUGACCUUCUACCCUAGGACUGUGGUAAAGGGGGAGCCCCUUGCCUUCUCAGGCCUGGGUCAAGGAGCUCAGUGGAGACCUGCCUUUUUAAGUGACUCCUUAGGGACUUCGUUGCUUCUUUCUGACUUAAACAUUAGGGGAUCCUUUUUGUUACUCUCAGAGGAGCUGUUUUUUGGCUCAUAACUUGGUCAUUUUCUCCACGGGUUAGUUUUCUUAUCUUGAUUUCACUAGAAUGUAAGCUCCAGGAGCUCUGUAAGGGCAGGGAUUUUUGUCUGUUUCGUCUUCUGCUGUAUUGUCAGCAGAUAGAUCAGUGUCUGGCAUAUAUAGUAGGUGCUCAAUAAAAAUGUGUUCAAUGAAUUUCUAAA